AAAAUAUUUAAUUUUACGAAUCUCAUGUUUUUAGGUAGUACUUUUUCGGUGAACGAACGCGCGUUUUCCAGUUAUUGCGCUACGACAAUGAAAUGUAGACAUUGCGGUUGCUCUAAUUUAGAGGAAGAUCGUGCACGGGCUGAUUUAAUAUGUCUGGACUGUGGAAUGGUGUUGGGAGAGAAUGUUAUUUCAUCGGAAGUAGAAUUUGUCGAAACGAGCACUGGUCAGUGUGCUGCAGUCGGUCGUUUUGUUUCAGACGAAAGUCAGGCAGGAAAUUUUAAGGAGUCACGACAGGCAACAGAAAAUAAAGCUCGUCGAAGGAUUGACACUAUUUGUGGCCAGUUACGCCUUGGAAAUGACACGGCUGCAUCUGCCUUCCGUUAUUAUCAAAGCGCACUUUUUCGUGGGUUAACAAGAGGUCGUAGUGCCUUUACAGUUGCUGCAGGUUGUAUUUAUUUAGCAGCUCGUCAGUUGCGUGUCAAUUUAAUGUUACUAGACCUCAGCGAUGCAGUGGGUGUUAAUGUUUACGUCCUUGGUCGUGUUUACGCAGACUUGAAGAAGCGACUAAAUCUAGCAAUACCAGAAAUGGAUCCUUGUAUAUAUAUCGACCGUUUCGCUAGUCAGCUAGAGUUUGGAGAUAAGGUGUCAACAGUUGCUACAACUGCUAUGCGUUUACUACAAAGAAUGAAAAAAGAUUGGAUCGCUACUGGAAGAAGACCCAGUGGAUUGGCUGCGGCAGCGCUACUUGUUGCUGCUCGUAUUCAUGAAUUCAAUAGAACAGAAGAGGACGUAGCUCGAAUUGCUCGAAUAAGCCAAAGUACUGCUCGGAAGCGUUUAGAAGAAUUCGGUCGCACUCCAUCAUCUGCUCUCAGCAUUGAAGCAUUUUUUUCAGUUGAUUAUACGGAGGAACAAGACCCACCAGCAUUUGUUGCUUCAAUGAAACAGGAAGAUGAGAAGAUAAAAAGUAUGUCAGAGGGAACGAUGGCUCGUAUUACUCUGGAAAUAUCUGAAUUAGAACGUCGUAUAGAUAGUGAAUUACAAAAACUGGCCGGAAAGUAUACUGCACGUACUAUUUCUUCACAACUUUCCAAAAUAGAUGUUGGUUGCUCUAAAGGUAUACACCAUUUACUAGCUGAGACAGAUUCACUCAAAACAUUUGAACUUCUAAAUGAUUUACAAAAAUUACCGAAUAAUAGUAUUGAUUGUGGCGAUACAGUUACUACUAGUACUACAACAACAACACCUAUUGCAGUUGAUAAUGUUUUGAAUCAAUCUAAAACUGGUCAAGUUCGUGGAAUAUUACGUGAUGUUUUAGAUGGUUUAAUCGAACCAGAAUUGUUAGAUAGUUGUGUUGAAGAUUUACAUAUUUUAACUCAACAUUCUGGUACUAAAAUGUGUCAACUUUUGGCCGAAGCUGAAGAGCAUAGAAAUUCGGCUUCUGUAAGUAGUGAGCAGAAACAAAUAGUUGAAAAUGCUGAUUCUAAACCAUCUGACGUUGAACAAACGAGUAUCACUGAGGCGAAAUCAAAAGAUUCAACGUGUUUGAAACUGCCCGUUUUCAUUUCAUCAACAACUAUUACUACAAAGAAAGAAGAUAAAGUCGAAGAUGAUGAUACAUUGUAUACUGAAGAUAUUGAUGAUGAAGAAUUAGACCGAGAGUACUUACUUCAACCCAGAGAAAUAAUGUUAAAAGCAGCUAUUUGGUUCAAAGCGAAUGCAGAGCAUCUGGAACUGUCAAGAAAACGAAAAUUAGCUAAAUUACAAAAACAACAACAAGAACAACAUGAAGAUACCAAAGGUGGUCCUAAAAAGCGUAAGACCGUCAAUCGUAAUAACUAUACAACAUCAAUGAAAAUAAAUCGUAAUGACUUUUCUAGAACAGAAGAUCCCAAACCGAUAUCUCGUAAAAUUAAUUACGAAGCACUUGAAGCAGUUGUUGGCCUUUCAACAACCUGUCCAUCAGUUGAUUUGAUGAAUAAUAGCGGUAAAACUGUCUCGGCGACUGAUGUUGACAAUGUUACUGAACCAAUACCUGGUCCAUUACUUGCAUCCACCUUAUGUGAUAAUGACAAUUCUAAAGAUUUACUCAAAUCACCCAAACAUAUCCGAGAUAACAAUAAGCACAUGUCAAUUACAUCAAUGAAUCUAAAAGCUUUAUCCAAUGUUAAUGAUAAUGAUAAAAAGGCAGUAAAAGAUCAAAAUUUGGAUGCUAACAAUAAUAAGCUUGAGGUUGAAGAGGAGAACGACAAUGAAGCAGAAGGAGAAGAGGAAGACGAAGAAAAAAUUGAUGAAAACAACAUGUAUAAUUCAUAUUUACCCAAUUAUAGUCUUGGGAUCGAUGAUGAUGAUGAAGAUGGUAUAGAUUGGUCUACUGGUGCUGAAUUAUGGUGAUUCAUAGAUUUGUCAUUAAAAACAGCAAUAAUAUCCCGAGUGCAUAUAAAUGUAUAAGUAUAUGUGUAUUUAUGUAUUUAAUUAUCCCUUAUUUGUUUGUUUAUGUUACUUAUUUGCAUUUAAUUUCAUAUGUUGUUCAUUGAAUUGUAAAAUAUUAUCAUACACAAUACAUAAUUUUGUUCUAACUUAAGUAUUUAAUCUCUGAGCGUUUAGUAGUUCUUUUUUUAUACAACUUAUUUACUUUUGAAGAUAACCAAAAGAUGAUUUUUUAUAUCUCUGUCAAUAUUUUAAUUUUAUAAAUGAAUAUUCUAAAUACUUACUGUUUUAAUCAACUUUUUUUAUUUACUCUUAUAGAUUUUUAAAUUAUUUGUUUCAACUUGUCGUUCUGAUGUUUUUUUGGGUGUUGACUCAGUUAGUUCUUGUUUUAAUUACCGUACCACCUUUAGGUAACAGUUAUUGUUUUGGAACAUAUAACUUGUCUUAACUAACUGCAAUAAUGAUGAUAUAUGUAUUCGAUUCUCCUAAUUUUCCGUCUUCCACAUUAAAUAAUCGGUUAAACAAAUUACACACGUCCAAGUGUGUACGAUAUCAGUGAGCAAACUUUGAGAGAAUAAAAAGUAUGCCCAUGAAGAGUCAAACUAUGCUAAGAAACACGUUUUAGAAAAUCUCAGUGAAAAUGACUUUCCCUAACUCAGAUUAUUCGGCAUAGUUACCUCAAAGAUAAUCACUAGAAAGUAUGUUGAGGAGGUUAGAAUUUAUGGUCUUUAAUAAUCGUCACACCUAUAAAACGCUUUAAGUAGUGAACUGAGCUUCUUUCUUAAAAUAAAAAAUUCCUUCGAGCGCUAGAAAAAUACAUUUCUAAAAUUUGUCAUAUGUUAGACGUUUGAACUAUAUUCCUUUGAUGAAACUCGCCUCUUAUUUCAAAAUCCUGACUAUAACUCCGGUUAGUCGUCUAACGAUCAGGCGUGGAUAUAUGAUUUUAGUGAAGCUUAUUUUAGUCGGUAUGAAUUAUCAUUAUACAUCAUUUCUAAUGUUUUAGAGUGAAAUGGUAUUCAUUAUGUUCAUCAUUGAUUAAAUUGUAGUGCGGAUUAGUAUAUAUUGAGGAUUUUUUGUCUCGAAAGCACCAAAUAUCUUCUUGUGUUGAUUUUAAAAACUAUUGUAAUUCAGUGAUAUAAAAACAUGCUAUUUUUAUCCAGAAAUUAAUGCUUCUUAGUCAUGUAUUUGGUUCUGAUCCAAAUAAGCUGGAUGAACGCUGGUGAUAAUGCUUGGUUACUUAAGUCGAAGUAGAUGGGAAGGGAUGCAAAUUUUGAUAAUUGACUACUUUAAUUGUCAAUUUACCAUUUGCUGAUCCAUUUAUUUAUCACAAUAACCCUUCACAUUCACACAACAUAAUUAUGAAGUUAAAGAUAAUGGGUUUUUUGUCAUAACGCAUCAUUGGAAUGUUGGAUUCUCGUUUCAUUUCCGUAUUGUGUCUGUUGUAUUUAUUUGAGUUCAUCUCUCAGCAUUACGUAUUAUCUUUGAAAUAGUAACUAAAAAAUAGUAUAUUUUUUUCAUAUCACUGGAUUAUUUAAUAUUUUUGAAACUGAAUCAUGUUCAAUUUUGUUCUUAAAGACAAUUUGAUCUAAUUAUCAUGUUUGGUAUUCGAAGAUCUGUUAUGCCCCGAUAACAUUAGUGAAUGGUAACUUUGGGAUCCAUUUAUGGACCAAUAUUAUGCAUAUAAUUUUUGUCGUAUAUUUGCUAAAUAAUUAAACUACUCAUAUUC